CAAAGAAAGAAGAGUAGAGUAUCGGACGAAAAAAAUAAUAAAAAAUGCAGCUCCGGUCAAUUCGCACCGUCGAGCACCUCCGCAGAAGAAUCUCCGCUUCUUCGGUCUCUGCGUACCUCACUUCUCCUUCCUUAUUAACCAGAGUAUCACCGACGGAGAGUGCUCUGCCUUCCCCUAUUUCUCGAUUCUACUACUCUAAUCCCCGAAAUGAGAAUCGACACACGACUGCAUCAUCGUCGCCGGUUUCUUCACGGUGGCUGAUAAGCAUAAGACAUAUGUCACGGCGGAGAAAGGCCGCGAAAGGUUCGGCGGCGGCGGCGGCGGCGGAGGCGAGUGCAGCGUAUUCAUCAGCGGUAGAUUUGGCGAUGGACUCGGUGGUGAAGAUAUUCACAGUGUCGACGAGUCCUAGUUACUUUCUUCCUUGGCAGAACAAGUCCCAGCGAGAAUCCAUGGGCUCUGGAUUCGUAAUAUCGGGAAGAAGGAUUAUAACAAACGCCCACGUGGUGGCUGAUCACUCCUUCGUGCUAGUGAGGAAGCAUGGUUCGCCUAUAAAGCACAGAGCCAAAGUUGAAGCAAUCGGACACGAGUGUGAUUUAGCAGUUUUGGUGAUUGAUGAUAGUGAAGUCUUUUGGGAAGGAAUGAACUCGUUGGAGCUAGGAGAUAUACCGCUUCUGAGGGAAGAAGUGUUUGUAGUUGGCUAUCCUCAAGGUGGUGACAACAUCUCUGUUACAAAAGGUGUUGUGUCUCGUGUUGAGCCCACCCAAUAUGUUCACGGUGCCACCCAGCUAAUGGCUAUACAAAUAGAUGCUGCUAUCAACCCUGGAAACAGCGGUGGCCCAGCAAUCAUGGGGAACAGAGUAGCCGGCGUUGCUUUUCAAAAUCUUGCUGGUGGUGAGAACAUAGGUUAUAUCAUUCCAACACCUGUAAUCAAGCAUUUCAUAAACGGUGUUGAAGAAUCUGGUAAAUACACUGGUUUCUGCUCAAUGGGUGUAUCAUGCCAGCCUAUGGAGAAUGCUCAGAUCCGUAGUAUCUAUCAGAUGAGCUCUGAAAUGACAGGGGUUCUUAUAAGCAAGAUAAACCCUCUCUCCGAUGCUCAUAGAAUUUUGAAGAAGGAAGAUGUUAUCCUCGCUUUUGAUGGUGUUCCCAUAGGGAAUGAUGGCACUGUUCCUCUCCGGAAGAAGGAGCGGAUCACUUUUGAUCAUAUGGUAUCUAUGAAGAAACCAGAUGAAACAGCUCUGGUUAAAGUCUUGAGGGAAGGAAAAGAACAUGAGUUUAGCAUCACUCUAAGACCUCUGCAACCGCUGGUUCCAGUGCAUCAGUUCGACCAGCUUCCAAGUUAUUAUAUAUUUGCGGGAUUUGUAUUCGUGCCUCUCACUCAGCCUUACCUUCAUGAAUAUGGAGAAGACUGGUACAACACUUGUCCCCGCAGAUUGUGCGAGCGUGCGUUAAAAGAUUUACCUGAAAAAUCCAAUCAAGAACUUGUCAUUAUCUCUCAGGUGUUAAUGGAUGAUAUCAACACAGGAUUUGAGCGUCUUGCAGAGCUGCAAGUGAAGAAAGUGAAUGGAGUGGAAGUGGAUAAUCUGAGACAUUUAUGCCAGCUCAUAGAGAACUGUGACACAGAAAAUCUUAAAUUGGAUUUAGACGAUGGGAGAGUACUCGCCUUGAAGUACCAAGACGCAAGAUUAGCCACUUCCCUGAUUUUGAAACGCCACAGAAUAGCGUCUGCCAUGUCCAGCGAUCUACUGAUUGAACAAAAUAAUACAGCGAGUGAGUUGGCUGCUCCUUUUUCUACUGCGGUUGUUUGAGCCAAAACGCCAAUCGCAUGUUGUAUGUACACUUUCACAUUCAUUCAUAUUUUCAGACCACAUUGUUGUAGUGUUCGUAAACAUCUUAGGAUUUUAAAAUCGGAUUUUUUUUGUUUGCA